CCUCCUGUCCUGGGUGCUCGGACAACUUAGAGAGGCGAGGGGCCCCAGACGUGGAAGAGGGGCACUCCGGACUUGGCCCGCCCCGGCAGGGUGGCGGCCGACAGACCGCCAACCUGCCCGGGUCCUCCGGCGCCAAGGUGGCCGCGCCGCCAGCCGCAGGGCUCCAAGAUCCGCACGGCUUAGCCGGAGGGUGAAGGAAAGGAAGAGCCGUGGCUGACACUGCCGCCCUUCAGUCCCAGGUUUUUGCGCGACGGAAACGGGCAGCCUUUUCCUCCAGCUCUCGGUUUCCCGGGGGCGACUCGAGCCGUGCUCGAAGCGGACGGCGCCGCGAGCGCCGGGGGUGAGACCUCGCGGUCUCCCGCGCUUGUUACCUAUUGUACGCCUCUGCAGCGAGUCUCAAGUGGGCAUGUUUCAGGUGGGCAGGUCCAGCAUCCCCAAACCUGCCCCCCGGAACCUGGAGGAUCUGGACUCUGUGCAGCGCGUCCUCUUACACAGUGACCUUGAGCCUGAAUGGCUGGACAGUGUUCAGAAAAAUGGAGAGCUGUUUUAUUUGGAGUUGAGUGAGGGUGAGGAAGAAAGCCUCCUUCCUGAGACACCUACUGUGAACCAUGUCAGGUUCAGUGAAAACGAGAUUAUUAUUGAAGAAGAUGAUUACAAAGAAGGAAAAAAAUAUGAACCCAAACUCAAGCGGUUCACUAAGAUUUUAAAAAGUAAAAAACUUUUACCCAAGCGCAAUAAUAAAAAAAAUAGCAAUGACAGUGGGCCAGUAUCCAUCCUAAAGCAUCAGUCCAAUCAGAAAACAGGAAUUGUCGUCCAACAGCGGUACAAAGAUGUGAAUGUUUAUGUAAACCCUAAAAAGCUAACCAUCACCAAAGCCAAAGAGCAGCUCAAGCUUCUGGAAGUCCUGGUUGGGAUUAUCCAUCAGACCAAGUGGAGCUGGAGAAGAACUGGAAAGCAUGGCGGUGGAGAGAGGCUCGUGGUCCAUGGCCUGCUGCCUGGAGGCUCUGCUAUGAAGAGUGGUCAGAUAUUAAUCGGUGAUGUCCUUGUUGCUGUGAACGAUGUAGAUGUGACCUCUGAGAACAUAGAGAGAGUUCUGUCUUGCAUUCCUGGACCUAUGCAGGUGAAACUGACAUUUGAAAAUGCAUAUGCUGUGAAAAAGGACACAACUCAACCAAGACAGAAAAAGGCACAGUCAAACACUAGUGAUUUGGUAAGACUUCUCUGGGGAGAAGACAUUGAAGGUAUCCAGCAGAAUAUCUUAAACUCUCCUCACAUCAUCAUGUAUCUCACACUACAGCUCGACUCAGAAGCAUCAAAGGAAGAGCAGGAAAUCCUUUAUCAUUAUCCAGUAUCUGAUGCAUCUCAGAAACUUAAAAGUGUGAGAGGAAUAUUUCUCACACUCUGUGACAUGUUGGAAAAUGUAACUGGGACACAAGUUACUAGCUCAUCCCUUCUUUUAAAUGGGAAACAAAUUCAUGUGGCUUAUUGGAAAGAAUCUGACAAGUUGUUGUUAAUUGGCCUGCCUGCUGAGGAAGUUCCUCUUCCUCAGCUAAGGAAUAUGAUAGAAAAUGUUGCCCAAACCUUAAAAUUUAUGUAUGGUUCUUUAGAUAGUGCCUUUUGCCAGGUUGAGAAUGUUCCUCGUUUGGAUCAUUUUUUCGACUUAUUCUUCCAAAGAGCACUUCAGCCUGCUAAGCUACAUUCCAGUGCCAGUCCCAGUGCACAGCAGUAUGAUGCUUUCAGUGCCGUGCUUGUAGACAAUCUCCCUGGAGUUCGGUGGCUCACACUUCCACAGGAAAUCAGGAUGGAAUUAGAUACGGCACUGAGUGACUUGGAGGCAGCAGAUUUUGCAGAACUGUCUGAGGAUUACUAUGACAUGAGGCGGCUGUAUACAAUUUUGGGGUCUUCUCUAUUUUACAAGGGUUACUUGAUAUGCAGUCAUUUGCCUAAGGAUGAUCUUAUUAAUAUUGCUGUAUACUGUCGCCACCACUGCCUACUGCCUUUAGCAGCAAAACACAGAAUCGGUCAGUUGGUAAUAUGGAGAGAAGUGUUUCCCCUCUAUCACCUCCAACCUUCUUCAGCCUCAAACACUGAAGUCUUUCAGGAACCUGAGGGGAGAUAUUUUUUGCUAAUUGUUGGCUUGAGACAUUACAUGUUGUGUGUACUAUUAGAAGCUGGAGGCUGUGCAUCCAAAGCUAUUGGGAAUCCUGGACCAGACUGUAUAUACGUGGAUCAGGUCAAAACAACUCUUCACCAGCUGGAAGGGGUAGAUUCCCGCAUAAAUGAACGGCUAGCCUUUUCUCCGGGCCCCUGUUUGUCUUGUGCUGAUUGGUUCCUUGCUGGAUCACAUGAAAAAUUAGAUAAUUUGACAACUUCACCCAUCCUCAAUAGGCUACAAGGGACCUCCAAAGUAGCAACGUCUCCAACGUGCAGAAGAACUCUUUUUGGUGACUAUUCCUUAAAGACACGUAAGCCCAGUCCUUCCCGAAGUGGAGGAUCUGACAAUGGUUAUGAAGCUGGAGAAGGUGCUGGCUUGAGCCCCCACAGUACACUGGACACAGUCCAGAAGCAAAGAGAAUCUCAGGGAUCUGAUGGUUCAGAAGAAAGUGGGGCCUUGCUUAAGAUCACUAAAAAGAAGUCUACCCUUCCAAAUCCAUUUCAUUUGGGGAACUUGAAAAAGGACCUUUUGGAAAAAGAAUUGGAAAUAUAUAACACAAUGAAAUUGACAUCUGGUCCUGAGAACACACUUUUCCACUAUGUUGCCUUAGAAACAGUGCAAGGGAUCUUUAUUACUCCUACCCAUGAAGAAGUGGCACAGUUGGGUGGCUCUAUCCACCCUCAGCUAAUAAAGAAUUUCCAUCAGUGUUGUCUCACCAUUCGUGCAAUUUUCCAACAGACGUUGGUUGAAGAGAAAAAGAAAGCACUAAAUGGUGGAGAUCAUUCAGGUUCUACAAAUUCAGUGUCUUCUCUUAAGCCUGUGAAAGAACAUGGUGUGUUGUUUGAAUGCUCACCUGAAAACUGGACUGAUCAGAGAAAAGCACCACCAGUUAUGGCUUACUGGGUAGUAGGGAGACUCUUUCUUCACCCCAAACCUCAAGAACUUUAUGUCUGUUUUCAUGACUCAGUCACAGAAAUUGCCAUUGAAAUGGCUUUUAAAUUAUUCUUUGGAUUAACCUUGUAGCUGUGUUUUCUUGAUGCACAACAAAACUGUGCACAGACUAUCAAGCAGUAUUAGAAUUGCUGAAGUCUACUCACAAAGAGAGAAGGUUUAACUUCUUUUCACUAUUCAAUACUGAACAUAAUAUUAUUAAAGACUAAGAUGAUAUGCUGCUGGAUUUCAUGCACUAAAUCUUAUCGUGAGACUUUUGAAGAAGAUACUUGAUCAAAAUAUGAAGAAGGGAUCGUUAACUUAUUUCCAUUUUGGUAUAUAACAUUAAUUUAUUUCCUAGUUUGAAAUAAUGUGACAUGUUUUAUGUAAAAUUAAUAUAGGAAUGUUUAUCUUGGAAAAAAUACACAGUUCAAAAAAUACACAGUUCACUGUGUAUUUUUCUCAAGACUAAUACUGAUAUCUGGCAAAACAAUCAUGAAAUUGAGAGGAAACCAGGUUCUGUAACUAAUUAGUGAUGUGAUUAUGAACAAGUUUUUGUACCUCUCUGAGCUGAGAGUUUUCAUGUACAAAUGAGAUGAUUCCUUUGAGGUGUCUAGAGUCCCUCUUAAGUAAAAUGUAAUUUUUUCUCUCUUGCCUGUAGGUCAGUACCUAAAUUUGUAAUGUCCAAGUACUGAUUUCUUCUGAGACUUUUUCUUAGAUACUUUUCUUUAGCUUAAGUGUUUCAGGAUACCUCACUGGGAGGAAGAGAGGAGUGAAAAAUUAAACUUAUUUUUUAAUUUAUUUGAUUUUCUUUACUCUUUCAGGUCAGCUCUAUUUUGACUAGGAUAUAUUUUUCAAACUAUUUGUCCAUAAACUUUCAUUGUUUUUCUCUUUGUUGAAAUGUAUUCAGGUAUAUACACAUACAUUUUAUACAAGUUCAUUAAUUUUAGGAAAGUUAUAUGUAAACCUUUUUUUAAAACCUAAACUAGUCAUGUUGAAAACACUGAAAAAGUUGACUAAAGAAAUCCUAUGGUUACUUCUUUUGUUAAAUACUAAUUUUUGCCUUACAAAUAUGGAUCAUUGUGUAUUGAGUUUUCUCAAAGGGGGGACACUUUAAUGAACAAUAGUUUACUUGACCUUGAGUAAGGAAAGAAAACUAAUGGGAUGAGAAUUUUCUUUGGCUGUCAGAAUUUGGUGGAUUGACAGAAAGGAAGAACUUAAUUUUUAAUUGACACACAGUGGAUUCUCCUGAAGUCUCAGAUGCCCCCAAGGCUUUAUAAUAUUGGGUUCUUCUUCAGGGCAUAAGCUUUGGAAGGCAAAUUAUGCCAGCACAUCUAAAGUCAGCUUCUGCAUUUCCCCUACCUCAGACAUGAGCCCUCCAGCUUAGUCAGAACUCACAGCAAAACGUAGUGGGUGUACCAUUAUAAACAUUUGGUCUUAUAAGAAACACUAUUAUCCGUCUUCCAUCAGUUUAAGAGAUUUUCACCCAGGCGUUUAAGAUGCAGAGCAUUAUACUUGUGUCAUUAGUGUCUUAUGGGCCUUAAUUUUGGCAUUCAAAACAGGGCAAGAAACUUUGAUUCUUGAAAUAUAGAAAAUGGAUUGAAAUAUCUUCCCCUUAAGAUUAAAAUAUUGGUCAAAUGGUAGACUCUUUACUACUGUCUUAGAACUACCUGUGUACAUAUAUGGGUAUUAAGAUACUCUUGUUUAAAAGUAUUAGGAAAUGCCUUAAAUUUCUUGAUAUAUCCCCCAAACACAAUGAGCUAUUUUUAAUACUGAGAAUUACUCUUCAAUGGACUUUAUUGAUCACCUCCAGAUUUUCAGGCAGACUGAACUAAGACUUGGGGUUCUAUCAUCUUUUUCUCUUUCAUUUAAUGAAAUUUUGAUGUGUUAAACCACUUUCCUGGUGUUAAAGAAACAUGAGACCACCAUAUAUUAACAAAUAAAAAGACAAAGCAGACUACUGAUCUUAAUACAGGCAAAGUCAUUUGCUAUAUUGUAGAUAUGCACUGUAAUGUCCAUGUUGCAGAGAUACUGCAUAUUUAAGAAAUAAAAACAAACAUUAUCUUGGUUUUUUUCUCUAAAUGGAUAUCAAAGUAAGCAGCAUAAGUAAACUUAGCUGCCUGUUUUUCCAUAUAGGUUCAGAUUCGAAUCUGAAAGUCGAUCAAUCUGACUGUUGGAUAGUAAGUGCCUGUCACUUUAUUAAAUAAAGGAGGGCAAAGAAUGCUUUAGCAGAUACAGAAACAUUCUUAACUUGGAUUUUAUUAACAUCCCAGCAAAUGCUCUUUUUCACCAGACUGUAAUGCAAAAGACUGUAUGUCUUACCACUAGCAUAUAUUUUUAGCACCUCCAAAUUACAUUUUAGAUUCUAACCCCUACCCCAAUUUUCUCUUUCUCUUUCUUUCAUUUCUUUUUGUCAGAUUAGAGAAAGGAGUGUUUCUUGUUUGUGCCAAGGGACCCCUGAUGAUGAUGCAUACUCACAAGAUAGUAAAUUUGCAGUGCCUGCUUUUUUAUAUUUCUAAUACAAAUGGGAAAAGCUAUGAAACCAAUUUACUAGGUUUGUCUACUUUGAGCAUUCUUGAAAAUAAUAUUGUGAAUAAUUAUUUGUUGUCUGUGUGACUUCUGUCUAAAUAGUGCCUGGCACAUGUUAUGUGCUGUAAAAGGGUUAGCUACUGCUACUACUACCACCGUUUUUUAUUAUUAAAUAUCCAUUGGUUGAAAACCAUGAAGUCAGCUAAAUCAUACCGGCUACUGUACAAAAUGUUGCAAAGCUAAGAAAAAGUAUUCAGCACUAAACACUUUUAAAACAAGGAUUUAUACUUUGGAUAUUUUAAUAUAUAUUAUUAAAUGUUACUAAAACUUCAACCUCUACACUAAACUGCAUGGAAAUAAUUUAAUUUUGCAGAGUUGUAC